CUGGGGAAAAAAAAAGGUAUGCCCACUGAAGGCGGCCCCAGAGCCUCAAGUCCAGACAGUCCCGACGUCAGACGACCCUUUUCCAUCACUGCUCACGACGAAGCCCUCCUCAGCGAGGCUGCCAGACACGCCAAGAUGGCCGCUCUUGAGAUAACCUCCACCUUUGACACCACACCUGGCUCUUCGGGCUGCGCAUCAUCCAGCGGCGCCACCGCCGGCCGCCAAAGCAGCACGAGACCAACGUCAUGCACAGGGAGCGGCGGCAUCAUGGACACGGCCAGCACAGCCGAGCAGGAACCCGCCGGCGCCGCACUCAGAGACGCCCUCACCACCACCAUCGCCCCCGAGCAGCCACGCCACGAAACCCGCAAGCUCGCGAACCCGACCCCGCUGGGCCUCUGCGCCUUUGCACUAACCACGUUCGCACUGUCAUGCAUCAACGUCAACGCGGGCGGCGUCCGCGCGCCGCACAUGGCCGUGCCGCUCGCCCUCGGCUACGGCGGGCUCGUGCAGCUCCUGGCCGGCAUGUGGGAGAUGGCGGCGGGUAACACCUUCAGCGCGACGGCGCUGUCGUCCUACGGCGGCUUCUGGCUCGCCUACGGCAUCCUCCUGACGCCCGGCUUCGGCGUGCUCGGCCCAGGCGGCGCCUACGACGAUGGCAGCGGCGACGCCAGCGCGACCGCGCGCGCCGCGCUCGGCAUCUUCCUCGCCGGCUGGUUCGUCUUCUCCGUCGUCCUGACCCUGCUCACCCUCCGCUCCCACCUGGCGCUCUUGGCUAUGUUCUUGGCGCUUGACUUGACCUUCUUGAUGCUCGCGGUCGCCGAGUUCGCCGGCAGCGACGGCGCUGUCGAGGCGGCUGCGGCGCUCACCCGCGCGGGCGGUGCGUUUGGGCUGGUCACGGCGUUUUUGGCGUGGUAUAAUGCGUUUGCUGGGCUGGUGGACGACAGCAACUUCUUCUGCACCAUUCCCGUCUAUCAUUUCCCGUGGUCCGAAAAGGCCAAGGGAGUUAGGAACGGGCAAAAGACAGAGAGGGAGAUGGUCUAA